CUGGAUUUUGUUCAGGCCUUAAGAGGGGUGGGAGUCAACAAUUUUUAUUGUGGUUUGAAACAGAUUCAUGGGUUCGAGGGUUAUGUUUCGAACCACCCUCGGAAUUAUUGUAGACUUGCCGUCCCCUCUCUUCCCGAUGCUCUCUUAUGUCUGACCGUUCUGAACCCAUGGCGCUACUUUAUGAAGUUUCAAUCAUGAGUUUGUAAGAGUAUUUAUGUCCAUCUAAACCAAAUUGACAGAUCUAGAAGCUAAUAAGAAUUUGAACUAUUAGCAAACUUACAAUCGCCCGAGGUUAAAAUAUAAGAUACAUGGAAAUCAGAGAGAUAAUCUUUGGAGGUCAUGAAAAGUGUUUUUCUCACUGUAGUAUGUAAAAGAAAAAACAGCAUAAAAAGGGGAAAUCGGAUUACAUGGGUAAGAAACGUUAAACGUUGAUUAAAAAAAAAUGUAAAAGGACUCGAAAACUGACGCCAAAAAAAUCACAAAGGAGUAUAGAAGUGCAAGAUGACCUUAGCACCUAGCAAGCCACUGCUGAACAACUCGCAUAUGAAACGAUAACCUAGAGAGGCACAUGUGUCAAAGACAGUCUCCUUGAGGCAAAAUUUUGAUGGAUUUUACGUUGCAUUCGUAACAGCACCACUGUAGGUCGAGAAAAAGAGUUGUCAUGUUUUGACAAGCGAAUUUAUGACAGGAAAUUGAAGUGUUUUCACCUAUUAAGUAUCAGCCGAGUACCCACCAUCGAAAGGUAUGUGCGUUUGGCUACGAAACAAGCCAGUUACUUAUUCUAUCAUCCUAAAGUGGUUUUGAUUAAAAAAUAAUGGGAAUCACGACGAGUCUGGUUUAUCAAAAUAAGCACCCACUCGAAAUAUUGGUAAUGAGUUUUACAUAUACGUAAUCCCUUGCGUCAGAUGUCGGUUGAAAUCAACUUAUUUCAGCCAGUGGCAGUGAAAGGGAAACGUCAUAAUGGAAAUACAGUGAGAGAGGUUUUUUUAUACAUAAUGAUAUGCUCUUUUAAGGUUAAAUAUGCGAUUGUUUCAAGGAAAAAAACAAGGUUGUUUUUUCCAACAGACGCGGGGCACAAAAUGUUUUACAUUGCCUCGUAAGAGGAGUAUUGAUUUCAAAGUCUCGCCUAGAAUUUUUUGCGGGGUGGUAAAUUUCUUGAAUACCGUUUGCAUCGAGUGAAAAACAUGUAUAAAGAGGCGAUGUGUCUCAUCAAGUAAUCCAGAGAGAACUGUCUUCGGUGAUACAGAAUUCCGUUGCCAAAGUUAUCCAACCAUCAGGUUUAUCAGCAGAAAUACAUUUACGAAAUAAUCUUUCAGAAUUCCAUACAUAUCCUUUGCCAAACACCUGCUGUGGAAGAAAGGAGUUUGCUGCGUUGAAUUUGCUUGGAACACCGGGAGGAAAGAGGAGUGAUUAUUUUUCCAAAGAUCAAGGUUAUAAACAAGGUAGCGUAGUGUAUCCAUACAGUAGUGUUCAGGUGUUUCAGGUCAGACGUGAUAAUGACUUUUGCGGUUUGUGCGUUUAAUUGUGGAAGGAAAUUAUUGUCGGACUGAUGCAGUCAACAACCGCUCAUGGUCAGAGUUUCGUGCGGUUACAAUUACACAGAUUCACCGGCUUCAAACGACACGAUUCGACGCGAUUCUGGUUGAGUUAAGAACGAUAAUUAACAAAAGUUCAAUAACGGAGUUUUAUAUGCUUCUUUCGCAAAACGCUAUUGAGUUCAAGCCUCCGAUUAAUAGAUUUAUUGCAUCCGAAGAUGUGUUGUAGGAUAUAUCAAUGCAUUUAUCUUUCACAAGAGUUCUGCUUCAGUCUACAAGACCUUCUUAGUGGUUUCGAGGGCUUUAUCGCAAACUGUUUACACUGAGAAAGUAUUUAGCGGUCUCAUCAUUCAUCAGAGCUAAGAAAUUCACCUGGGGCGCGCGCUUUUGAAUCACACUGAAAACGUGCCAAUUUCGAUUUAACUCACGUGUCGAAGUUCUGAUAUCUGGAGAUCAAAUAUGUCCUUUCCUUCAAAGUUUGUUUAUACACCUUUACGGCGAGGAUCCAUUUAUUUAAGGGAAUUAUCUGAUUCAAUUUUGAUCUCAAUGUUGUCAAUUCUACUAGAUCUUGAGAACGAGGCUUUUCUCAUUCACGUUCGCGGCUAAGCUCACGUUUUUCAGAUUAUAACCUGUCACAAUUUAUUUUUCUAUGACCAUUUAAAAUUUACCUAGAAUGAUGCUUUUGAUAUAAGUCAGAAAUUGUUGAAGUCUCUAUUGCGUAAUGAGAAUCAUUUGAAACUUGAAAGACAAAUACACUUGUCUGAUAAAACAACGUAUUUCCCCAACAAAAAUAUGUAGAUUUUUUCCGUGCCAAAACGUGUUAAGCAUUCACGUUUGGUUCAGUCGAUCAAUUUCUCAUCAGGCGCAUGUGAAAGCUAAAAAUAGUGAAAAUUUUUUUUACAAGCAUUCGAGAAUAGCUUAGUUCAUUUGAGGAAGCGCAACAUGUGAAGCCAGUUGACAGAUCAGAAUGUGCAGUCACUCAACAAAAUGUCCCAGGUUAGGGAGACGGGGGGGGAGGGGUGGGGGAGCGUCACUCGACAUACUGUCCCGUUUGGCGCUACAUUAUAUCGUUUAACUCGCAGAUAUCACCAAAGAGGGUACGAUUUCAGGGUUGUGAAUCUUCAACAGUACACAGUUUCAUUAUUAAUCGUCUUAAACCAGACGUCUGGUAUAGAGCUUCGGAUAGGCCCUUGAAUGGACUUUUGAAUGCUUCAGAGGCAUACCUCCUUGACCAACUUUUUUAGAAUUCCCUUCCCCUCCGGGCAUGCCCAGCAUGUUGUGUGGUAAUCACAGUAGAAAUUACCGAAGCGACAGUUGAGAUCCCCAAUUUCAAUAAAUAAUUCCACAAAAUACGGUUAAUUUUCACUUCAUGUUUAAAUUUCUAAGAGGAUUUCAAAGGAUAAUAACAUGAUUACAAACUUUCUCUGCGGGAGAAAAGUAAAUUCCAUAAUGGCAACUUGUUUUCAGCAAAACAAAAUGGUUUUGGAAAAAUAGAACAAUUCGUAAAGAUUCUUUGAGACGACUUCUAUAUCUCUGGAGGAUACGACCCCAGGUUCAAAAUCGGAGUUUGCAAAUUAUCCUCUUAAACUUCUGUUUGCUUUAAUCUUGAUGUCUGCGAAUAAUCUGUGAUAAAAUACAUCUACUGCGUAUAAGUAACAGUGGUCCUGAAAGAUGGAUCUCGAAAGCUACAAUAUUUUUCUUUACGCUUGGUUUUUUUUGUUUGCAGUCUCCCUACAAGAAUCAUUUCUUUGCUUGAUUUCCAUCCACAGCUCAAAUGAAACUUACGUCAUAACAAGUUGCUAAAAUAAAAAUAUAAAAAAAAGAAAUUCAAGAUUUGUAAAGUACAUAUCAGCGUAGAGCUUAAAAAAAUUUGGAGUCUGAAGAAAAAAUUAUUUCAUAGAUUCGGUGUAGUGAUGUGUGCGCAAGACCUCAAAGCAAAAUUGGCGAUGUGUGAUCAAUUGAAUUACCGGCCUUCGUGUGUUUGUACACAUGACUAAGCAAAUUGUACAGUGCUAAUAAACAGUUGAUGGAUUGCAAACAUGUGAGGCUUUCUCAGUCUUCAUAGGGGUUGAAAUAACCUUUCAAGAGUUACUUGAAUGAAAUCCUCCGCCUGUGGCGAACACAAGUGACGAAAUAUGCCAACUUUUCGACAGCGCUUUGACAAAGCCAAUGAUACUCUGGCAAACUGGUGUUUAUCUUUCAUCUUUGUUAAGUAAAACAGAAGGUCGAAUCCACUUAAGAUGUACUUGAAAUAACCCUGCUAAUCCUAUCAUGAAGCUAUUUUGGACUUGUUGUUGUCGUUUGUGUGGUUUCCAGCCACGGCUCUAUAAUUAUGUGGUUUACAAAGCAUCUGGUUCGAAACAUGAGCCAGAAAUGUAAUACCUUAAAAAGCCACUCUUCUGAAAGGGCGCGAGCGGAAAUUUUUCAAAAGGAUGUGGGAGGCUAGGGGGAAUUUCCUACACCGGGUCCUUAGGAAAAAUCCAGGAUGUUUCAUUACUGUUAAAUCCGGUUGUGGUGAGAAGAUCUCCCUUGAUUCCUCUCCAUCCUGGGAAAUGGUUUUCAUUUUGAGAAUUUUUAACCUCCGUGGGGCGAAUAUCAAAUCAAUCCUUUACUUCCUAACAUCAGGAUGCAUAUUCUCCAACUGUUCUCAAUGCAUUUCCUAAGAUGCUGAUAAGGAGAAUUUGUUUAUCAAUCAAGAGCUCAUUUGGUUUUUGAUCAUUUCUUUUAUUCUCGUGACAUUGAUAUGUGAUUCAGGGGUGAUUUUGUAAGGAGAAUUUUGAUACUUUGAAUUUUGUUAGUCUCCUCUUCCAAGAAUACCACCUUGGAAAGUUUAGGACCAGAACAACAGCGUUGACGAUUUGGAGAAUCAACUUUCAAAGGUUAUGAAAUCGCAAUUUUCUGGUGUCCAUUCCUACCUUGAUCAGUGUUUGGAAUUUCACCUUGAAAUGCGUUAAUAAAACUCAAAUGAGUACGGACGUGCAAGUAUUGUGAUUCGAGCCUCUAACAUUGGGCGUGUUUUUUCUGUGAUAAACGAUGAGUUAAGUGCCUUUUUCCCGGAAGGCUAGUUAUAUAAUGUAUUACUUACAAACGUGACUAGCCACUGCUAAAGGGAUUACAGCUAUCUAAGUGCUACGUCCUUUAAACAUGACGCUUUACUGAAAGGCAGCCAAUCACAAGAGGCACCGAUUUCUUAUCACUCGCAUAUAAAUUUUUAUAUCCACCUCGGCUAUUAGAUAAUUCUUUAAAUCUUGUAUUGCAUGGUCAGAUCGUGCAUUAUUUGGCGAGAUUUGCCAUUGAAAUAAGGCGCUCUGCAAAUCUUAGAGGCGUCGUUGAAAGACGGUCAAAUCAUAAGAAUGUGGCACUGUUUACACGGGCAACUCUCAGGAAGGUAAGGAAGAAGUUUGUGUGUUUCCAGUGAACAACAACCUCCUAAUAUCCAUUUAUGUUUAAAGGAAGACUCAUAGUCUUUUAUCAUACUUAAAUUUCGUUCACAUAAUACGUGACACUGUUUUCGCGGGCAACUAGGAGGAAGAUAAUGAAGAGAUUUGUGGGUUUCCAGUGAACAACAACUUUUUAAUAUCCAUUUAUGUCUCAAAGGAAGGCUCAAAGUCUUUUAUCAUACUUAAAUCUCGGUUACGUGUAUUGUUAUAAACUUUUAGCCAGUCUAUAUGGCGAGCGGCACUGGGUUAAUGUCUGUUUAAACGAUUUUCAUUCCCACCAAAACAAGUUCAUUUUUUUUAGGGGUUGCAAAAUUUUUUCCACUUCGUUCAAAGAACUGAGUGGAUUAACAAGACUUGGGAAUCAAUAACCAUGGUAGCUGUCAUUUAGAAGUGUUUGUGAUUAUGGAGAAUUUUUUUUAUUGAAAAUCUCUGGAAGGUAUUGACAUGGAUUCAAUAACUAGUCGAACUUAGUAAUCCAUAACGGCAUUCAUGAAAUUUGUCACAUCCAGAGUAUGAUUAGUAAUGAUUGUACUUGAAUAUGAAAGCAAUCUUCGCAGUAAUGAACACUACUUGAGUAGAAGUGAAAAUAAGAUUGAUUGUACUCAAAUAGAAUCAGUUUGUGUCGUGUUAUUUUAUUGAUGAUGAAAAUGGUGUAAGCUAUAAUCAAAAUAAUCAAAACCGCAAUUAAUAAAAAAAAAACUCUAAUUUUCCUAGCCAGCACAAAUAUGCGAUAAUUCAAUGUCUGUCCGAAUUUUUAAAAUUCUCUCAAAUCAAACCCUUGAAUGUUUGUAAGUUAUAACCAACUUGAAUCGGCGAAGCUUAGAUUUGAUAAAUUCUUCCUUUUUGUUAUCCAGAAAUGAGAUUAGAGCAGUUAAGACGGGGGUGUAUCGUUGAAUUUGUUUUCUUCAGGAAAUUGCGACAUACAACGAACUUGAAUUUUUCUUUGACAGAGUCGGAACAUUUUUUGAGUUUCUUCGGUUUGUCGAAAAUUGAAGUGAUCUGAUUGAUACUUCUCCUGUCUAGCUGCUACACAUUUCCUUUUAAAUUAGGUACGAGAUUUUGGUAACAAACAGAUCAAGGUAACAAUUUCUACCUGAUAAGUUUGAGUAUUCUCUUUACCUGUUUGCUGAAUAAUCUAUGGAUAUUUUAGGGAGAAGUUACAUUUUAAUCACUUUUGAAAGGGUUAAUGUAAGAGUCGAGAAAACUCGAAGAGGAAUGAGAACGGGUAAAACAUGAGAAAGUCGAAGUGGUUUGCCAAUGAAGAACCACAAAAAAUGUAGGAAAAUUUUUCCGUUAUACACAAUUAAGUGACGUGUCAUUUCUAAUCCACUUAUGAAUUCAUUGUUGUCUGUUCUUUUCAGGAGCCCGCUGUAAUUAUUAACCCUGUGCGAACUGUUGGCCGGGCGAGGAACAGACCAUGAGAAGACGCAGACCCAAUCAGUUAUCCAUUAAACCAGCGAAAGCUUAUAUCCUCGGGAAGGCUGGAGUUGGCAAAUCGGGUAAGUUAAGACCGAUGAUGAAAUCUCGUAAGCACAAUAAAUUAUUAUUGCACCUUGGAGCUGUUCUAUUGUUAAGAGAUAACAAGAGUGCUAAUUACCUCAGUAUCUAAGUGUUUGUUCCGUUGUGAUUGAUUUGCAGUGAAGAUCCAAACUACUUGAUUUUCAGAGUUGACAGUACUUCUUUUAGUGCAAUACCUCCAUACAAAACCUUGCAAAGAUUAAAAGUCGCUUCAAAACCACUCAAGUAUUUCGAUGCUGAGACUGAGGUCAGAUACAUGGAAAAACUGUGCGUUGUUUAAAUGCCAAAAUUGAGUCUGUGUGGUUUGAAAAAAUGUGUUUCGAAGCAGAUGGAGUUUUAUCUUUCGAUCGUUGUAGAAAUCUGUCAUUCUCAGUUCCUGUUGGACAAAAGUUCAGUCAAGUUAUUUUAUCAAAUGACAUUUGACACACUCUCUCUUUAGAAAUGAUCGUCUUUGUUUAAUCAAAACAAAUGAUUGAUUUCUUUUGAUCAAAGUCGAGUAGAUUAAAUUGAGUCCUCCAUUAUCAAACGCAGCUUCUCGAUUGUUCUUCGAAGUGUUGCCUCGUAACGUUGAGUCAUCACAAUAUUCAUGUGCCUUUAUACAAGCUUGUAUUAUUUUAUAGAGGUUUAUAGAGACUAUUUUGCGGGCUACAGAUAAAUUAAUUUAUUUCUCAAGGCGCAUAAAUCUGUUUUCAACAAAAUCAUUCACUCAAUUAUUUUCUGUUUCGAUCUGUUGAUCAAAGGUGUGAGAGGUCUUUAAAAAAUAUCUUUCCUCUGUUACUUUCACACCACAAAAAUUAUUCGCCCAAUUUUCAAGCGCUUGAAAUUUUAGCUCCUUUUCCUCCCUACCCAUGCUCUUCCGGUGAUUCUCAUCUUAAACUCUCUGCCGAGUCACGGAUAUGGGAAAUUAUUGUUACUAGUUUAAAUCUGAAGAGACUGUUUUUUUUAAUCAAAUAAACUACAUUUUUUUAUAGGUUGGAUGUUUGCAAUGUAUAAGAAUUUUUUUUCAUGUAUUCAAUGACAACUUUCUGUAUACAACAACUUUACGUAUACAAUUAUUCACUAACCAGUUUAACUGAUUUUUCCUCUAGCCCUGAUUGUGAGGUUUAUGACCAGGCGGUUUAUUGGAGAAUAUGCCCGAGCGAUAGGUAGGUGGAUAAUUUAUAUAAACAAGGGAAUAGCCGGAUUAGAACACUUAUUCGUAAAAAGGCUUGUUUACUCGCACCAGUCUCUUUGCCGCUAUUAUUGCGCCGUUUACUAUUUCCGCGCCCCGCCUCACUAACUGAACGCUGGGAACUAGCUAAGACAUUGGAUUUUAUCUUACUUAGAGUAAAGAAGUUACGUCAAAAUCGAAUUAUCGCCGGCAGGUCGCAAUCGUAUUAGCAACUGAUUGACAAUAAUUGACGUCGUUCUUUUCUCAGAGGGAACCUACAGGCAUCAUGUUGAAACAGACAAUGAAGAAGUAGAGUUGGAGAUCGCGGAUACUGCAGGAGAGGUACGUUGUCAUUUGUGUUUUAGAUACAUUUAAAUGCAUUUAAACUAGUUUUAAUAGAAAUAUUGAGUUACCAGUCAUAGGCUGAAUGAUCAGCCGCCAGUCAGAAAAUGAGCCCACGCUUCUCUCUCAAACGAGGUUCGAAGACUGAACUCGACAAAACGUCGGAAAUCUGGGCAACUCGAGUCAGCGAAAAGGGCAAAAAUGAAAAGCUUUAUAAUAGCAAUGCAAGUUACGACAGUAAGUUUUUGUGAAGCUAACCCUGUGCUUUUCUGCUUUCAGAACACGGCUGAGAAGCUAACUCUCAUUUCUCGUCAAGGCGACAUUUUCAUCAUUUUGUAUUCCAUCACCGAUCGUUCCAGUUUUGAAGAAGCAAAGCGCAUUGCUCGUUUCAUAAAGGACAGUACCGCAGAUUCCGUUGCCAUAGCAAUCGUUGCCAACAAGUGUGAUCUUGAACAUUUUCGGCGAGUUAAAUAUGAAGAGGGGAAAAGUCUGUCGAUGGAACUGAAUUGCGCUUUUCAUGAAGUUACUACAUCAGAAGACAAUAAGCAGGCCAGAGAAGUUGUACAGAAGUCAGUGUCAAGUUUUAUUCGAAGUCGUGAAAAAGUGAAAGAUUCUGGAAAUUUGAAAGUACCUUCAUUUGUAAAAAGGACUCCUUCGUUCGAGAAGAGCGAGAAAAAGAAGAGGUUAGGACGUUUUUCUCAAGACAGUUCCAAGACACUGUCCCGACCGUUUGAAUUUCAUACACGAAUGAGGCGGAUUGAAGAGGGAGAUGGUGAGGAUUACAAAGUAAACAACAACAACAACAACAAUAACAAUCGUACAUUCAAUGCGUUUGAUGGUAAAAAUAAUGACGGUGGGAAUAAAAAGGAUGCACUGUCCGGUGAAGCUAAAAACCGCACUCAAGGACCGUUUCACGUGGAAAAGGUGAAGAGCGUAACUUCGAAGAAGCUUCACUCACACACCGAAAAGACGGAUGAUUCGUUCAACGAAGACAAACCUAAAGUACCUUUUACUGUUCAUAAAGUUAAAGGUUCCUCCGCUGGCGAAUUGAAGCGGCCUCUUCCUGCCGAUAAAUUACGAUCUCGCUCAUCGUAUAAUUGGACUGAAAAUUCGGUUUCCGAAGAGAAGCCGAAGCAAUCUUCGAGAGGACCAUUUUCAUUGGACAGACUUCGGAGUCAGUCGACUGAAAAGCUUCGGGCGUCUUCGUCGAGUGAUCGGCCGAAGUCCAGUACUUCUUCGUUCACUCGUAUGAAAGAUGGACUGAUGGGCAGAACGAAGGCCUUACGAAGAAAACCCAUCUAUCUAUGAUAUCACAAGCACAAAUUUGCGUGGGAAUCCGUGUGUCCCUAUGUAGCCAGGCCGCGCGCCAUUCUAGCGUUUCCAUCUUGACAACUGGAAACCAGCCGAAGCAGUCUGAGCAGAUUUUAAAAGAUUGAAUUACGCAUCUAGAAAGAUUUACUUGACGAACACGAGAAACAAGUCAUUUAUAGAAAGAAAUUAUUAUUAUUAUUAUUGUCAUAUGAAAUUAAAUUCUUACUAGAGCAAAAUCUAAUUUAUACAGUUUUGUUUUAGAGCUCGUAAAAUUUAAAUUCUCCUCCAAGAGGGUUGUAGAGCGAUGACCUUUGACAUUUGCAAUUUUCGCUCAAAACACGACCAAAUUUCUUUCCCAACAUCAAAAUCGGGGUAAGAUGAAUCUUCUAUUUUUAAAUCUUUUUUUAGGAUUUAUCUUGUAGCAUUAAUGAACCAUGAUAUAUGUUUUCUACUGUGAAGUUUAAUAUUCACUCUCAAUUUUUUCCAAAUUAUCUGAAAAAUAAAUUCAGUUACGCUUGUGUUGAACAAAUCAAAUGACACUAGAGAUUCCUCAGGUCUGCCGCGUGAUCUUUUGAAAACUGGAAACUUAAAUACUUCGGGGUUUGAAAAUUAAUAACUAAAAGUACUUAACUAACUCAAAUGGCAGGUU